AUUCAAAAAUAAAAAACUUUUUUUUGGCCGAACAAAAAUCAUUUACCUUCUUUAAACUUUAAGUCUCGAAGUUUGCCGAGCAGUGUAAGAGAGAACGAGAGAGAACGCGAUUGUGGGAGAGCGAAAAUGCAAAACCUAAGAAUGAAAGCUAAGAGUGAAAUAAGUGUAAAGUCGCAAUCAGUCGCCACAGUUGCAGCAGCUACGCGCAACAAGCAAGUUGAUCAUCAUCAGCACCAAUCAAGAUGUCGAUAAUGGCUGGCAGCAUGGAUUACAAGUGGCGCAAACGCAUGUGCUACAAGUGGCAGGAGGAGAUGCGACUCAAGCAGCUGAUGCCGGCGCCAGCAACUGUGCCGAUCGUUUCCCAGCAGCAGCUGCAACGGCAGCGAGAAAAAGAUCUACAGCAUUAUGGUGAUAAUCAAAAGUAUACGAAGCAAACACAGCAGCAGCAAUAUGAGCAGCAACAGCGCAAACUUCACGAGCAACAGCGCAAACUUCACCAGCAAAAACAACAGCAACAGCAGCGCACAGAUUUUCAACGGCAACAGCAACAGCAACAAGAGUCGCAGCAAUCACUUAUUAGCAACAAUAAGUCGCUCGAUCACUUCAUCGAGGAUCCCAUGAAUCUGCACAAACUAUUCUUGCCACGUUGUACACUGCAAAAACUGUCGUAUCGCGCCGACUUUCAGCGGCUGGUGAAAAUGUGUUUUGUGCGCGUCAAAUUUGGUAUCGGACAUCGUGUGGCUCAGAUCCAGGGCUUUGGCAAAUGGCGCCCCGCAAGUGAUCCCACUUUAAUACUGCGACUCGACAACAAUCCGCGUGUCUUUACCAUGGAUCAGCUGGCCAACACGUACUUUGUGGCAGCGGAAUUGCGUGACUUUGAAUACAUGUGGCGUGCUUACAACUUUGAGUUGCCGUCGCGUCGCAUUAUCGAGCAAAAAUAUAAAGCGCUCACCGAUGCCAAGUUGCUAAUAGGUAAAAGUCGUGUAGCUAAUGUUAGUUGUCCAACUGCAGCUGGCCAAUGCAUCAUUCACAAACUGGCUGCGACAGCAAAGACGUGUCUCGUUCAUGAUCCCGCAUCCAAUUCGCUGGCUCGCAAGUAUUUCCUGGAGCCCAUGGAUUGUUACAAACGCUAUCUGCCCAUUUCUUCGACAGUCGAAGUCGCAAAGCUGCCGCUGCAUAUGCCAUCGUUGGAACCGAUUCCGCUUCCCAUGCCACUCAAGAAGCGCAUCUCGCUCGACGAAUAUCGCGAACGUUUUAUCAAAAAGUUCAAUUAACAAGCAGUCUAGAGUUGAUCUGCAAGCAAACUGCAAACUCU